AUGGCCGCCUCAAAACCUAGCGUUCGCAUCAUCAGCGCCCUCGCCGGCCCCCGCCUUCUGGGCCCUCGUCUCACAGUCCGCCAGCUGUCAAUGACAGGUUCGACUGCCUCUUCAUCGCUCCUCACAACCGACAAGCCGUAUGCCUCAAAUCGUUCAGCUGGACCCAUCCGCCUUCAUGGCGAGCAAACCAUCCCAGUCCCCGAGGCUACCGAGACCGGCAACAAAGUCCGCCGCUUUAACACAUCGAGGAGUUUAAAGUCCGUUGGCGAUUCCAGUACCCUGGACUUUAUGCACUUCCCGGAGUUCGACCUGGAGAGCCGAAGCGCGCCCAUGGGCAUCAGAGUCCCUAUCAUCCCAUGGGCCAACGUUGCCAGCCGGGGUGCUGAGAGCGAGGAUUCCAUCCCCAUGCAGCCCACAAUCUACACCGUCUCCGCUGACGGUACCCACAUCCACUCCCCUUCCGCAAUGACCGAAGUGUCCGACACAAACCAGUCUGGUUACCAGGGCAUCGCUGAGGCUGUCGCCAACAAAUUCACCUCGACCCGUGAGGAGGGUGAGGGUAUGGUGAAGCAGAUCUGGAAUGACCUCAUGGAGGAUCUUGCCGAUCUUGCGAGUGGCUCAAAGCGCGGCUCUAACAAGGCUUAA